GAAUGUGAAAUGUUCGCCUUCGAGCUAAGGAGAAUCGGUACUGUUCGAUUUUGAUAUCAUAUCAAACAUCGCCGCUUAUCGAACACCAUGGCUCAACCCAAAGUCAGUCUUUAUCGUGGGCCCAACCAGCGCGGGAAGCAUUACUGCUGACGGAAAGAUAACGGAAUCGAAGCUCCACAAACAUUUGGUUGCCACUAAUAUGGAAGACGUUCACGGAAGUUACGUGCCGGAUAUUCUCGAGCAUCCGCUCGUACAUUUUACCCAACGCUGGGACUGGGAUUGUGGGUUAGCCUGCAUUCUGAUGGUACUGGAUCGCCGCCAGCGACAGACGUUCCUUUCGCAGUUCCAGCAAAUCUGUGACGAAGGCCAGUUCGGGAAAAGCACGUGGACAAUCGAUUUGUGCUACAUACUCAAGGACUUCAAUGUACCACACAAAUAUCUUACCACAACGCUCGGUGCCAAUCCGUCGCAUCGAGUCAACGACUACUACAAAUCCUAUACCUUGGAUAUGCUACGGGUGAACAACAAAUUCCGGUACGCCGAUCAGAAUGGUGUGGACGUGAAGCAGUGCUCUGUUACUUAUCGGUUCCUAAUAGACCACCUCGGGACGUACGGGAACAUUAUUCUGCUUACGAGUGCCUCACUGCUGUACUGUGACCUGUGCAAAUUAAACAAACUGUCUUGCGAGAUACGUUCCUGCCUAAGCAUUACACCCAGCUACAUGGGACACUACAUCGUUCUCUGUGGGUACAACAAACGCUUGCAAAAGUUCAUGUACCGCAAUCCUGCCUGCAAAGAUAAAGUUUGCUACAUUUCGUACCAAGCGCUUGACAGGGCCCGAAAGGCAAACGGCACGGACGAGGACAUUAUUCUGCUGUAUGACAAACCCUCAUGACCACUUCUUUCCGAAUUCUGUUGCAUUUAAAAAACGCGAAACAGAACGAAGACUACGGCGCGUGAGCAGUUAACAUGAAGAAAUAGAUAUCAUUUCUAGUCUGCGCCAUAAUAUUGACAUGCAUAUGCCUCUUUUCGUAUUAUUUUUCUCCAAUAAACACUAUACAACUUUUUUGAGGGCUCCUUAGAGCCUUUUCGUUACAA